AUGUCGGUAUGGAAGCUGCUUCAGGCUCAUGUUCAGGUAUCGCCACCAAAGAACAGACACAAGAAACCUUGGUCUAUCAAAUUUCGAGACAAACAAUCUAAGCAGUCCCGCUACAUGGGUUACUCACAACCCUGUGUCGGAACUUCUAGAUGCUCAAACUUUUCCAGUUGUGAACACCAGCUGAUACUGGCCACUUGUUCACAACGACCAUCAUCUUCCAACUUCAUGUUGACUCCAUCUUGCCAAAUCUCCACAAACACUGUCUUGCGUUUACCGAAGAGUCGCCAUCAUCGGAAGCACCAUUCAAAGAAAACUUUAUUCAGUCCUGUCGACAAGCAGCACCAUCGAAUGUCAGCCAGGCAGUUUGCUGGAUCUUUAAACAACAUUAACAACACUUCGAGUUCAGUUGGCUGUUCCACUGAUAACAUCGGCACAACUUGUCAUCAACAACAGCAACAGGAGGGUCAACAAACUAGUUCCAGAAUUGCUGGAAGCCACGUAGAUAGAAAUACAUUUUGUGCAUGCCGCAAUUUUCGGUCUGUUUCCACAUUGGCACCUAACGACCAACUCUGCUCGUCGUUCCAGCAGAGCUGUUCUCUGCAGGCUAAUCCCGGAAGCCACAGCCAGUUCUCUCUAGAUUAUUUCAACGACGACGACUUCAACGAUGCACCCAUUCAGGAUUACCCACCACACGAAGCUACCAACAGCGACAGCUACCAGCGUGUUCACAGUCGUGUCGAGUACACCCACUGUCUAGUGCCUGACCUGCAGCAGAUUGCCAACUGCAGUUUUUACUGGGGGGUUAUGGAUCGGUACGAAGCAGAGAACCUGCUUGACAACAAAGCCGAGGGAACAUUUCUGUUGCGAGACAGUGCACAGGAGGAUUUUCUUUUCUCCGUCAGUUUUCGGCGUUAUGGAAGGUCUCUUCACGCACGCAUUGAGCAGUGCAACCACAAGUUUAGUUUCGAUUGCCAUGACCCGGGCGUCUUUGCAGCUGGUACCGUCUGCCGCCUGAUAGAACAUUACAAAGACCCCAGCUGUUGCAUGUUCUUCGAACCAAUGCUUACUCGACCCCUCACCAGAACUUAUCCAUUCUCCUUGCAGCAUCUGUGCAGAGCUGCCAUCUGUAGCUUUAUCACUUACGACAAAGUGUCGGAGCUUCCCCUCCCACUAGCCUUAAAAGACUUCCUCAAGUAUUAUCAUUACAAAAUGAAGGUUACUGAAAAGCAUUUCUAAUAGAUCAGACAUUUUAAACAGUCACA